AUGGAACACUGCAUGGAACUGAGAGCACUGAAAUCGAGUGUAAGAGGAGAACUAACCAUGCAAAACAAAAAAAAAAAAAACCAACAACAUAUUGUUUUUGAUGAUUUCUUGGUCAUGAAUGCUAUCAACGACGGCGCCGUUCCCAACGAAGAUUUCUUCGUUGACUGUUCCCUUGAUUUCAAUAACGGAGAGUUUGAAGAAGAUUCCGUUGAACAAAAAGACUACGCCCCUGGUUCGUAUCAAGAACGUGUAGCAGACGAUGAUUGUAAUUCAAAUUCAAGCAGUUUUACCCUCGAUUCCAUCUUUACCAGCGAACUUUCUGUUCCGAAUGAUGAAAUAGAAGGGCUUGAAUGGGUGUCUCACUUUGUGGAUGAUUCAUUGCCGGAGCUUCCUUUUCCAUGCAUGGUUUUUAGGCAGCAAACCGAGAACAGUGAAAAUACUUGGUUUGAAGCGGAACCUGGCCCGGUUUUUGUGAAAACGCGAUGUUUUUUAUUGUCAAUUCCAUCUAAAGCGAGGAGCAAAAGGGCUAAACCGGCUUUCCUAACAUGGUCGGUUGGGUCACUGCCUAUUUUCGAGUCAUCGGCUUCGAGUAUUUGUUCGGGGUUGGUUAACGAUUUGGCGGAACCGCCAACAAAGAGGCAAAAGGAAACCCCUGUGACAAUUCGGCAGCAUCUCUGA